AUGAGUAGUCCAAGAGGAAGUAAAACGUGUGUGGAAACUAGUGAUGAUGAUGAAAAAUUAAUGAAAGAUUGUCAUGUAACUAGAAAAAGAAUUAGUGAAUUACGAGAAAUAUUUCGAUUUAUUGAUCGAGACAAUGACGGCACAGUGAGCAGACAAGAAUUUAGUACGUUGAUACGUCUUGUCAGUUCGGAAUAUACGGAUAAUCAAAUUAAAUUGUUAAUGAAUAAAGCAGAUAUGAAUGGUGAUGGUGAAAUGGCUUUUGAUGAAUUUGUUCGUCUGUUAUCCAAUGAAAGUGAUGCUCAUGAAGAAGUUUCAGCAACACGUGAAGCAUUUGAAGUAUUUGAUACGGAUAAUGAUGGUUACAUAACAGCGUCAGAACUACGUCAAGUAAUGACUCGAGUUGGACACAAUUGUUCCGAAACAGAGGUUCAAGAAAUGCUCUCUGAAGCUGAUCAAGAUGGGGAUGGAAAAGUUACAUAUGAAGAGUUUGUUGCAAUGCUUAAAGAAAAUUCGUCUGAAUGA